UUAUUUUUAUUCGCAAUGGCGGAAUUAUGCAACACAGCAGUUUACGCUACUUGCAAUCCUAUAGCAGUGGAAGUAAUAACUGUAUAAUUUAACAAAGCUAAGUUACAUCUAUGGGGAAGAGCCUUCAAUAGUCACUAUUUCUGCUACUUUGUAUUUAUUUAUGCAUCCAUUAUCUACAUUUCCAGCUAGCUACUUAAUUAUGUACAAGGGAAGUAGCAUGUCAGUAAAAAUAGGCUCUAUUUUGACUUUACUAGGGGUCUUUUCAAGGUGUUUAGUUAGAUAAUCGUAAGAAUAAAUAAAUAAAUGUAGUUUUAUCUAUGUUCUAAUUGGUUAAACGUUGAGUGGAAUAGGCAGACCAUUAAUUCUGAAUGCUCAAGCUUCAGUUGCGGUGGAAUGGUUUCCAACCAAUCAGAGAACGAAAUUAAUGACCAUGUUGAAUUUCAUAGUCACAUUUAGUGGAAUUUUGGGAUAUAUUGUUCCACCCAUAUUCUUUGCUGGAAUUAUUAUUGAUGAGAAAUCUCCUUAACAUGUAUUAGACACAGGAGAUUCAAGAUUUAUGUAUUUGCUAUUUUCAGAAGCAGCAUUUUCUAUAGCAUUCCUAGUUCCACUGUUAAUCUUCAUCAGCAGCUGCCAAAGGACCAUCUUAAGUAAUCUCUUUUACUGAU